AUGGCUUCCAGGGCUCGUGGAUCCAUAGGCCGAGGUGCAGGCAGGGCUCAGGACAGCGCACCGGGUUCUCCACCACGACCUAUGCAGGGGCGAGUAGGGGAUGGACCGGGAGGAGUCGGCGUGAUCUUCGUAGGGGGGUUGCUUACCGUACCGGCGCCGACCUCUCGUCGCUCUUUCCGUUUCGACGGCCCUCGACCCCCUCCUUCGGGGCAGACGCAGACGCAGCCGGAGAGCGGCAGUGAGGAGGAGGAUGAGGAGGAGGAUGGUGAGGGCGAGAAGGAGGAGGACACUGAGGGGAGCGGGGAUGACAGCGAGGCGGCGUGGGACCCAGAGACGCAUGGCGGUGGGGAGGGGGGAGAUGAUGAUGAUGAAGACCAUGAGAUGGAUCGGUUGGAGCCAGAGGGGCGGGAGGAGGAGGUGGGAGAGGGUGGUGGAAGGGCGGCGACAGAGGCGGGAUCACAGCAUGUGCGUGAAGGGGGAGGGAGCGUGGGGGUUAAGGCGUCAAUCGAACUCAUGGCGGAGAAGGAGGAGCGCAGAGCCCCAUGGCGCCAAGGAGACGAUGGUGGGGAACCUUCCCAAGGGGCUUGGUGA